AUGUUUUCUUAUUAUAUCCUUUUUCGUGCCCUUACAUUCUCAAUAUUUUGAUUGGCUUAAUUUAUCGUAUUCUUGUUGCAACAAUGCAUUGUAACCAAUAGUGAGCUAGCAUCAACCAAUCAGAUCAGAUGUGAUUGCGAUUGUAACACUGAACACGCUGAGACGCUUGUCGUGGUGAAUGAUUACGAUUACGAUAAUUGUGAUUACGACGGUUUUUGGUGUCUUUUUGGUGCAAGUGAUUAAUUUUUGGGUUUCGUUGGUAAUAUUUAAAUUCUAGCAGGACUCAGUCCUUUUUUAAACAAAGUGUUCGUACUUACAUGAUAGGUAGAGCCACGAAAAGUGAUUUAAUGUAUAUUCUGUUCAAUCAAAGCAUCUAGAGGGAUACGGAAGGAAAUUUGGCCAGGCCUGUGAGGAAUAUUCGAUACCAAGCUGACAUAGCAAAAAAACAGAAAUAAUGAAAACACAGUGAAAAAUACUUUUAAGUGUUUAAUAAAUAUUAAACUAACUGACUGGACCCUGUGAUAGUCAUGAAUGGACUUACCACUUACUUAUUGACUAAAAUGUGGACGCUCAAACACAAUGCUUCUUCAUGGAAAUAAAUGAAAAUAUUUAUAUGAAAUUCACUUACAAGAUAGAGAAGUAAAAGACUAGAGAUGUCUGAAAUAUUCAACCUAAGUGAACUAUGCAGGUGUUGCCACUCAGACGGCAGCUUUAAGAGUCUUAAUCAAUGUUAUAGUUUUAUGGGACAAGUUGAAGAAUAUGCACAUAUGCUGCAUGAAACUUUUGGAUUAAUUCUGCAGCAACCAUCUAUAGAAGCGAGCUACUCAAUAUGUGAUAUAUGUAUAACAAAGUUAAGAGAUGCAUCACAAUUCAAGAGACAAGUACAAGAAUGUGAAAUGAAGUUUGAAGAUUAUUGUAAAAAUGAGAUGGCACUACAAUCAGAAAUUGUAAUAAAAAUAGAAACUGAACUUUGUGAUGAUAAGGCGAUAAAAACUGAUGUCAAAAGUGAGGAUCUUAGCGACGAGAGUCUGCGUAAUGAAGACACAAAUGCGGAUUAUUCAGGUGUAGAAGUAUCUUAUUAUGACUAUGUAGGCAAUAACGAAUACGAAAUAACUAACACUGAAUAUCAGCUAAAUGAAUGUUUGAUAAAGCAACAAACUAAUACAGCGAGUACUGAAAUUCAACACAAUGACUUAGAAAAAGAAAAAUCAGUUCAAACUAAAUCAAAAAUUCAACAAAAGAGAAGUUUAAAAAAGCGAACAUCAGGUGUAUCAAAAGUGAAGAGCAAACGGACGAAUUUACUAAAGGUAAAAAGAGAAAAAACAGUUAUACCUACAUCAAAAAUUCACCAAAAAGGAAGUUUAAAAAAUCUAAAAUCAGGUGUAUCAAAAGUGAAGAGCGAACAGAAGAAUGUAGUAAAGGAAGAAUCAAAUGAACCAGAUAAUUCCAAAGGUGAAACAUCAGAUGUAUCAAAAGUGAAGAUAAAACAGAAGAACAUAGUAAAAGAAAAAUCGAAUUCCACAAAUCGCAAAGUUUACCUUUGCCAAACUUGCAAUGGUAGCUUUAAAACCUCAGCAAACCUAAGAGAACACCAAAAGAAACAACAUUCUUCAUUUCGUUGUAGAGUUUGUAAAAAAAACUUUAAUACAAAGGAAGCAUUAACAAUACACAGACUUACACAUAGAUAUGAUAUCUUUGAAUGUGAUAUCUGUGGCAAAAGGUAUCCGUUGCGAUCGACUUUGAAAACGCAUAGGAACACACACACAAAAGAAAAGGUUUUCACAUGUGAUAUGUGUAAUAAAGAUCUCCUAUCUAAAUCCUCAUUGAGAAAACAUAUAGACUUCCAUUUGGGUAAAAACAAGAAAUUCAUGUGCGACUUAUGUGGACACUCAUUCAACGACAAGACCAAUUUUAACAUACACAUCCGUAACGUCCACGAGAAACUGAGACUGUUCAAAUGCGACCAGUGUCCUAAAGCAUACGCUUCUGUUAAAUAUUUGAGAAUACAUUUAAGGAAACACACCGGUGAGCGUCCGUAUCAAUGUCAACUUUGUGGCGAAUCGUUUGCGUGCUAUUCUCGCUUAAGAGAGCAUACAGAUAUCCACCAUUCUAAAAUCACUUAUGAUUGCAAAGUCUGCGGGAAACAUUUCAAGAGUCGGAAAGCUCUUGGUUCUCACACCUGGACACACACUCGUGUCAAACCUUUCAAAUGUGAUUAUUGCGACCUAGAUUUCUCAUGUUCAUUUUCUCUAAACCGCCAUGUCAAGAGGCAUGUCGACGCCCGCGAGGGACGCCAUAAAGAGAAAAUCUUCUCUUGCGAAAUAUGCCUUAAAAAAUUUGCUGAAAAAGCGUUUUUGAAUAAACAUAUGAAAGCCAUUCACGGCCCGAAUACUAAAGUGAAAAUGAAGUGUACUUUGUGCAAAAUCUCCGUACGCAAUAUGGAGAAACAUAUGAAGACACAUACGGACAGGACUCUUCAGUGCAGCGCUUGCCCUAGAACAUAUUCCGAUAAUAGGGCCUUGAAUCGGCACUUCAGACAAAUUCACUGUGGUAUAACUUACGAUUGUGACCUUUGCGAUAAAAAGUAUGUAGCACUGAAAAAUUUACGAAAUCAUAAAUUGAAGAAACACAACACACAUACACAGUUCAAAGUGGAGCAGGAAGAUUCGAAUGUAAUAGAAAAUGAAAUAAUUUAGGUAAAAUGAUAUCAAAAUGUUCCUCCUUUUCGCAUUCUUGAGUAGUGUGGUCUUAUAAGUGGUUCUUGCCAUCUGAUUCUAUUUUCGGCUUCCGCCUUCAGUUGAGCUUGUGCAUUAAGUAUGGUUUUACAGUGACGCUUUCGCCAGCGCGGUUGGUAAGCGGCGCGGGCCACGAGCUUUGCGUCUUUUGGAUCGUUACAUAGUCGCGCGGAUGGCCCGCGGCGACGGCAAUUCGGCCAUCGCGCUUACCACCCGCGCGGACGGUAAGCGUCACUGUAAAACCAGCCUAACGCCGUGAUAGCCUAGUGGUUACGACGUCCGCCUGCUAUUCGGGAGAUCGGGCGUUAGAUUCCGGACACGCACCUCUAAGGUUUCAGAGUUAUGUGCUUUAUGAAAUUAAAUAUCACUUGCUUUAACGGUAAAGAAAAACAUCAUGAGGAUACCUGCA